GCAACAGCCUCGUCAGGGGACCGGCCGCGGCGGCCCCUUCGCUCUCGCCCGUUCUCGUCUGUCCUCGGAUUCCUUAAAACUGUGCUAUGAAUGGUGAUUCCGGUGUGGGGGUGGUGACUUCACCACCUCCAACAACAGCACCUCAUAAAGAGAGGUAUUUUGAUCGAGUUGAUGAAAAUAAUCCGGAAUAUUUGAGAGAGAGAAAUAUGGCACCUGACCUUCGCCAGGAUUUUAACAUGAUGGAACAGAAGAAGAGAGUCUCCAUGAUUCUUCAAAGCCCAGCCUUCUGUGAGGAAUUGGAAUCCAUGAUCCAAGAACAGUUUAAGAAGGGGAAGAACCCAACGGGUUUAUUGGCUUUGCAGCAGAUUGCGGAUUUCAUGACAACGCACGUACCAAAUGUCUACCCUGCAGCACCUCAAGGUGGAAUGGCGGCCUUAAACAUGAGUCUUGGCAUGGUAACACCAGUGAAUGAUCUGAGAGGGUCAGAUUCCAUUGCUUAUGAGAAAGGGGAGAAGUUGUUACGAUGCAAAUUGGCAGCUUUCUACAGAUUAGCAGAUCUCUUUGGCUGGUCUCAGCUUAUUUACAAUCAUAUAACAGCCAGAGUAAAUUCUGAGCAAGAGCACUUCCUUAUUGUACCUUUUGGACUCCUCUAUAGUGAAGUCACUGCAUCUAGUCUGGUUAAAAUCAAUAUUCAGGGAGAUGUGGUUGAUCGUGGAAGCACUAACUUGGGAGUCAACCAAGCUGGUUUUACAUUGCACUCAGCAAUUUAUGCAGCUCGACCCGAUGUCAAAUGCAUUGUCCAUAUCCACACACCAGCAGGAGCAGCGGUUUCUGCAAUGAAGUGUGGUCUCUUGCCAAUUUCACCUGAAGCACUUUCUCUAGGGGAAGUAGCUUAUCAUGACUACCAUGGCAUUUUAGUGGAUGAUGAAGAAAAGGUGGUUAUUCAGAAAAAUUUGGGACCUAAAAGCAAGGUCCUUAUUCUCAGAAACCAUGGCUUAGUGUCAGUUGGAGAGACUGUUGAGGAGGCUUUCUACUAUAUUCAUAACCUAGUGCUUGCCUGUGAGAUACAAGUACGUACCCUGGCCAGUGCAGGUGGACCUGACAACUUAGUGCUUCUUGAUCCUGGGAAGUACAAAGCCAAGUCUCGUUCCCCUGAGUCUCCAGCAGGUGAGGGUACUGUAUCCCAUCCCAAAUGGCAGAUUGGCGAGCAGGAGUUCGAAGCUCUUAUGCGAAUGCUUGAUAAUCUGGGUUACAGAACUGGCUACCCAUAUCGAUGCCCUGCUCUGAGAGAGAAAUCUAAAAAGUACAGCGAUGUUGAGAUUCCAGCUAGUGUCACAGGUUACUCCUUUACUAGUGAUGGCGAAUCAGGCAUUUCCUCCCCCCUCAGACACAGUUUUCAGAAACAGCAGCGAGAGAAGACAAGGUGGCUGAACUCUGGCCGAGGGGAUGAUGCUUCUGAAGAAGGGCAGAAUGGCAGCAGUCCCAAGUCGAAGACUAAGGUGUGGACGAACAUUACACACGAUCACGUGAAACCCUUGCUGCAGUCUCUCUCGUCCGGUGUCUGCGUGCCAAGCUGUAUUACCAACUGCUUGUGGACUAAAGAGGAUGGACAUAGAACUGCCACCUCUGCUGUCCCUAAUCUGUUUGUUCCAUUGAACACCAAUCCAAAGGAGGUCCAAGAAAUGAGGAACAAGAUCCGAGAGCAAAAUUUGCAAGAUAUUAAAACGGCAGGACCUCAGUCACAGGUUCUUUCUGGGGUAGUUGUGGACAGGAGCCUUGUACAGGGAGAACUGGUGACUGCAUCAAAGGCAAUAAUUGAGAAAGAAUAUCAACCAAAAGUCAUAGUGAGCACAACAGGACCAAAUCCCUUCAAUAAACUCACUGAUCGAGAACUGGAAGAAUAUCGCAAAGAAGUAGAAAGAAAGCAGAAGGGACCAGAAGAGCCCUCAGAAGAUGGCAGGCCACAGAAAGAGAAAAGCCCCCCUGACCCCAGUUCAGCUCGCACUCCUCCCAGCACACCAAUUAAAAUAGAGGAAGGAGAUGGAUAUGCUAAAGAAUACCUGUUACCAUAGUAAGUAUCAUUCCAUACUCUGACCUGCUUUUGUGCUUUGCUUCACUCUUGCAUCUUUGUUUACUAAGAUUUUUUUUUGUUUUGAUUUUUUUUUUAAAAAAAGCAGGCUUUUUCAGUUGAGAUGUUGAUUUCUUUAGUUCUCAAUUCCAUGUAAUUCCAGGCAGUUGCAGAUCUCCUGUUAAAGCACACUCCCCCUUUGAGAGAGACUGUGAAAGUCACCUUCCGUGUUUCCAUAUCUGUGUGUCUGAUUCCUCAGUUUAAAAAGGAAUAGUCUGAAGUUGCCUGGCAGAUAGAGCUGAAACAGCCCUGGGAGUUUCUCCCCCAACAGUUUGCUGCUGCCCACACAGCUUGGGCCUGGUAACAAAACAGAAGAGUUCCUAAUCUAUUCCAGUGCAAAAUCCACUGACGUGGCUUUAAAUUUACCCAGCAGACUUCUGCAUGGAAAUGGAUAUGGGACUACUCCUAUGUUUUGUGUUAACUAUAGGGAAUUCAAAUUCCAGACAAGGAAUAACAGCAAGUACUUGGUGGCAGCAACUUCUACAGCUGUUUUGGCUAGCUCUGCAGGGCUCCUUUGGAUUAUACUUUAAAGGAAUAAGGAUGUUUGUAUGUCCUGUUAUAUCCAAAAGUCAGUGUGUUUGUCAUAGGGGUGAAAGUCAAACUAUAUCGUAGACACUUGUGAUGUUACUGAUAAAGUUCUAAAACCUGAAAGUUCUUUUAAAUAGAGAAUUGUGUUUAACAAACUCUUCUAGUUGUAGAAGUUUUCCAGGACAAACAUACAAAGCUUAUUUUAGAGAGUAACUGGAAGUUCACACCAUGAUGUCUUUGGUUGGGGGAGGUUCUUUUGAAUGACAGUGCUCUUAGUAUACAACCUCUUCUCAGCUUUGGUUCAUCAUAUUGUUUCUGUUUAAGUGUAGCUGAAAUCAGUCAAGUGUUUUUUAAUUCAGUUAUAGACUAGUUUGUAUGUUUGUCCACAUCUUUGUGUUGAAAAAAAAAAAUCAAACCAAAACCCCAUAAACUUUUAUUUUCAUAAAUAAUGUGAAUUGUAAACACACACCAGUAUUGAUGUUAUGAUUUAAACUCUUAAGCCACAGUAUAUAUAUAUAUCUCUAUAAAAAAAGGGUGGGCAUGGAUGUAAACAUGAUUAUUUUAAAAAAACUUUUAAAAUGUUACUGAAAUCCAUCCAGCAGAGUAGCAGGGCAUUUAUACGUUGUGUGCUGGCUUAAUUGAAUGUGGAAUUUGCAAAUCUUCUGAAUUCCAGUAAAAUAUUGCCCUUAGCAAACUAGAUAAACAGAUUUGAUUCCAGCAUCACGUUAAUCUGUUUAUUAAGGAUGAUGGGAACUUGACAAACUGGGAAGGAUGGCAGUCCUGGGUUAAUGAGUUAUAAACCCAUUUGUAUUUAUUCAAUACUCAGGCCAGCUGGCAAAUGCUGUUUGAAUGCCUGUAGCUUCCUAUUCUUUAAUUUGGAGAAUCUCUAAUCCCUUUUUUAAAACUUCAAAACUAUCUUUUAAACUGAAUUUUAAAAAAGAAAAUAAAUCUGACAGUCUAAUAGGGUUCUGAAAAUUGGGCCAACUAAUGAAUAGAAUAUAUGUUUUACUUGGGAGGGACCUACAAUGACCAUCUGGUCCAACUGCCUGACCCAGCUCAGGGCUGACCAAAAAUUAAAGUUAAUUGUCGUAAUGCCUCUUGAGCACUGACAAGCCUGGGGCCUUGACCAGCUCUCAGUCAGUGGGAAGCCUAUUCCAAUGUCUGACCACUCUCUCAGUAAAGAAAUGAUUCCCAAAGUCCAGUCUGAGCCUCCUCUGCUGCAGCUUUGAGCCAUUCCCACAUGUUCUGUUACUGGAUCCCAGGGAGAAGAGCUCAGCAAUGGUUUCAGUUAAUUCCUGAAAAGUCAAAUCCAAAAACAGAGUAGUGAUGGUGAAGAAUUGUAACUGGUGUUUCUUAUGAAUUUGUGUCUGCCAUACAUAGACAGGCUAAACUACAGCUUCAGGAGGCAAUUUGUACUGUACAUAACUGCUUUCUCUUUUUUGCUCUGAUUUAAAUCCUGCCUGCAUUAUAACUUUUCAACUGCUAACUUGUGCAUUCUGAGUGUUUUGCACUGGAUACUAGUGUGUGGUGUUUAUUUAACCUAUUAGAAGUUCAUGGUGCUCUAGGGAAAACGUGUUUAUUUCCUAGCAGGUAUUGACAGAACACAGCCCUCUAAAAUAUAUCAGAGAAUUAUUAAUCCCAUCUGGCAGAAGUAAAAAGAACACUGUCAUUUUUAUAGGAAAAGUGUGAAAGUGUCAAGUAUUUUCUGUAAAUUCUUGUGAAAGCCUUCAGUCUUUUCCAAUUAAAACAAACAAGAUCUUGAAAGGAGGAAAAAAUAGUUGCCUUUCAUUUGUGCCUCACAAUGAGCAUGGCCUGGAUUUUGCUCUAAAUUCCUCCUUAUGUAACAUCAGUGGGGAUAGAUGUGGCACAGCUAACAGGACACUGCUCGGCUGCGGUGCACGGAGAGCAUUGCAGGGAACUCCACAAAGUGCUCCUUGCUGAACCCGUGCACAAAGAGGAGCCUUACCCAGAGCAUCCCUAAGGCACAGCGGUGAGUGGGGACAGUGUUGCAGUUGAGGGAGGAGCGGUUCAGUUCCCCUUUGGACACACAGCUACCACUGGACUCUUGAUGUUCCCUUUUACAGGGUGAGUUUGGCUGUUGACAUCACAUACAAUAAACAAAACAAGCUGUAUUGCAUAACCUGCUGAGCUCAUUUUGAUAAACUACAUGGAUUUUACUUACAGGAAUCCAUAAUAUGUACUCAUAUCUUGCCAAAAAAAAAGUGAAGCCUUUGUCAUAGGAAAUAAUAUUUUGAAGCAACAUCAGUUAGAUCUCAUGGAAGAAUAUUAUGAAAAUCCCUUCAUUGGGAUUAUAAAUUGGCAAGCCAACAAUUUAGAAAUGAAUGGAUUUGCAUAUAUGGGAUCUCUGCAAAUCAGCAAUUAGUUUUCUCUCUCCAAAAGAAAUAAGAAUAAAGGUAUAGAACUGUGAAACACUCUACCCAAUGCCAAUGAAAACUGUAGGUUUAAUUCCUGCUUUAUUGCACUAAAAUAUUUUACUGCCUGCAAAUGUCACGAGUAAAACAGGAGCGAGGUCUGAACAGUUACUUUCUUACUGAUGAAAUUCAGCUUAAUCUGUUCUGUGUGAAGCUUAAAAACAAAGAGAACUUUGCAAUAUCUUAUUUCUUCUGUGCCCAGAGCUGGAGAACAGCCCUAUUACAAAGGCUUCCAUGCCAAGUAAAUAUAUUAGUUUCUUAUAGAACGCACUCACCAUCCACUUGCUUCGCUUGCCCUGCUCCAGGGACACUUUUGUAAACUGACUGUCACUGUCUGUCCGU